AGUAAACACAGCUUGGCAGAAACCUUCCGAUCAUGUGGAGGUUGACCGUUAUGUCAUACCAGUCAACCAAACCUUAGUCGCCCCUGCUUUUGAAGUUCUACUCAACUAUAUUGUCCCCCCUUUCCUUGGUUUAUGCUCAAUUCUAGCUGCGAGUUCCACUCCUACAGCUCUGAAAAUACUCGGAUCGCAGUAUGGCUCCUAUUCGUCGAUACCUCAGGAUCAGCAAGUAUACUAUCCUCGAAUGCCGGAUCUACCUGGAAAACCCAUCGGACACUCGAUGGCUCCUCGACAACCGCGAGCCUGUCCUCCCACGGAUAUUCGCUGCCAUUCGCCCGCUAGUUCUGCCUAAAUUACGCGAGGAGAACGAAAGGCUCUUUGCUCGGAAGAAAGGGAAACCAGUGAAAGAUGUGAUAGCUGAAGAGGACUUCGAGGUUUCGUUAUUCCUCCGUGAAUCCCGAACACGUCACUCGCUCCUCACGCGACACAAGGAGUUCGACGAGCCCGAUAACGAAUCGAGAGCAAGAAAUCCAUCCCAACCUACGGAAACUUCAAGCGGGGCUGCCGAUGCAGGUAUUUUGGUCGAGAGCGAUAGCGAAUCUAAUGUUGAUUUGCGCGACAUCCCCCCAGCCACUACUGAAGAGAACGAUAGAACGAGUAAACGCCAACGAGAUGCAGACGGAGCAGUUGAAGCCACAGCCAGUUCACGCGCCCCGAAAUGUCGAAAGGAUGAGGAACCGGAUGAUAAGAAGUUGCGCUUCAGGACGAACUAUGAGGGGUUCAACAUUUACGGUUGGAUUCUAUGCCUACUCGUUACGCGUACAGGGGACAAAGUUAGAGCAAGCACGGGAGCUUCGGAGCCCACGCGCCAGGCUCUAAUGGAGGAGUGGAUGUCCACUCAAGCCCAGGGAGAUGUGGAUGAAGAGCAAGAUGUCAGUUGAUCUAGACAUUUUUACCAGUCGAAGCAGGAGGUAUUAUCAUACCUGCACCCAUACUGGGCUCGAAACUCUGUGCAGCGUACACUCGGCAUCCAUCGCCUCGUCAGUGAAACCAGCAACCGAGCCCCAGCAACUACCGAACUCGUCAAGGAUAACGAAGCCAGCGACACAACCACAUGGAAUGAACAUGAGUGGAUUUGGAGGACUAUUUCCUGGGUACUACUUCACGUUCAUUUUAAUAUGACAGGUUGUAGACAGUUGAUGAAAGCAAAGUACUACUGCGUUGGUUAGGAAUCUCUGACAAACAAACUUGCCUCGGAGCCAAGCCUAGGAAAUAUUUCUCCUUAGCACGGCAGCCAACUGAGAGCAGCUCAUGUGACACCAUAUUUGGAGCUGAAAAUGGCGACUGUUUAUUCACUACACCAUCACUUUAGCAGAGAUCAAGCCGACCUUGUCUACCACGUGAAAUACGGGCAUGCUAUACUGGCUCAUUUCUAUUCCUCGCCUAUGAAGAGUGGUAGUUUUGCGCGGAGGAACGACAAGGAAAAUGUUGAGGCAGAAAUCGCAUGUACAUGGCACUCCCUUAAAUUGGCCAGUCCCUUGAACUGCGCAGCCAACUUGGAGAAAUCUAGGUAAAUACUAUAGUAGGAAAACAUGCCGAUUGAAAAUCAUAAUCUAUUUUUUGG